GGAGAUUCCCCCGCUUUCUUUUCUUCUUCCCCAACCUUGGAACGGCCUCGUGAUUCCUCCUCCCCUGCGGAUAUUCGGAUGAGAGAGAGAGAGAGAAACAAACGCUCAGUUCUAGAGAGAAGGCACAGUUCUGGAGAGAGAAAUCUAUGAAAGGAAAGGAGACAGCGCGGACUUCGAUCUUAUCUGGUGCUAGGUGGACCUGCUCACGUCAUUGCCAGCCCACAGACUCGCCACGAUUCCCUCCGAAUAUUCAACUCCCUCUCUCUCUCUCCUCUUAAAAUCUCUCUCUCUUUCUCUCCACCGCAUCCAGGAUAAAAGAUUCGUUUGUACGCGACGCCCCGACUUCGAUCGCCCCCUACACUCUCCGAUCCCUCUUCCCUUCAAGGAUACAUCAUCUUUCCAUCCCUUUUUUUCUCUUCCUGGAUUUUGUUUCUUGUCCUCCAAGUUCAUUCCUUUUCUGAUUUUGCUUCGAUCCAAUAUGCUUGUUCUUGAGACCCAUUUUCCCCCUCUCUGGAUCUCCCUGGUUGCUUCUAUUUGAUCUCUCCCCCUCCUGUUUAUCUGGCUUCUUCUCAGUCAAUCUGAUCGCCGACACUGUCAUGGACUGCGCAGAGAAGUUGCAAAAGUGUCAUGAGUAUGUUGAAGCUUUGGAGGAAGAGCGUCGGAAGAUUCAGGUCUUUCACCGGGAGCUCCCUCUCUGUUUGGAACUUGCGACGCAAGCCAUUGACGCGUGCAGGCGACAGCUCUCUGGGACGACGACUGCGGAGAACUUACCUGGACAAUCGGAAUGCUCUGAGCAGACCACGAGUGAAGGCCCUGUGCUUGAAGAAUUCAUUCCUUUGAGAAGGGCUUCCUCUUCCGACGACGACGAACACGAGUCAAGCAAAAUCAAGGCCCCUAAAGACAAGAAAUCAGACUGGCUUAGAUCUGCUCAGCUAUGGAACCAACCUUCCGAUCCGCCCACAGAAGAAGAUUCGCCGGGAAAACCGUCGGCGAAGGAGGGGAAGAAGAUUGACGGUGCUUUUCAGCCUUUCCAAAGAAACAGAGUUGUGGGGAGCAAUACGGCGUCGUUGGGAAGGGAACUUGCUUCGGCAGCGGCGAGUUCGACGGCGGAUACAGUGACCAGAGACAGCAACGCUGGGAGCAGAAAGGAAGACAAAGAGGGACAGUCGUCGCAGCAGAGGAAGGCAAGACGGUGCUGGUCGCCGGAGCUCCACCGGCGAUUCUUGCAGGCCCUCGAACAGCUUGGCGGUGCCCAUGUGGCCACUCCGAAGCAAAUUAGGGAGCUAAUGAAGGUUGAUGGGCUAACGAACGAUGAAGUGAAAAGCCAUUUGCAAAAGUACCGACUGCACACGAGGAGACCGAGUCCGGCGACUCAGAACAACGGCAGCGAACAGUCGCCCCAAUUUGUGGUGGUGGGGGGAAUAUGGGUUCAGCCGCCGGACUAUGCGGGUUCGGCGGCUGCGACAACGUCGGCUGGGGAAGCGGCCGUAGCCCCCGCCUCUACCAAGGGAAUCUACGCACCGGUGGCAUUGCCGGCGGUGCCUCCACAGGGGUCAGGAUCCGUAACUCAGAGGAAUUCCGAAGACGGAGGUAGCCGGAGGCGGAGCCAAGGCGGGCUUCGUUCUGGUUCCCCAGAUUCGUCUUCCUCCACUCGCACCACCACCUCCCCUGUUUUUGGUAGCGUGUGAUGUAAACUUUUUUUUCCCCUGUAUCGGAAUGUUAAUAGGAAAGAUUUUUUGAGGUUUGAAUUUUGAGAUGUUGCAGGUACUGAAUAAUUUACUGCUGGAAUUUUCCAGCAUGCUGUAAUUUUAAGGCGUAAAAUUUUAUAAUGAGUGAUUAAUUAUUAAUAAUAUUAUAAUUAGAAAUAAUAUUUUGAAAA